GUGUCUCCCCCAGGCCCCGCCCCCCGGGCGCCGGGGCUGCGGGGCUCGUGUCGGGCGGCGGGGCCAGUCAAAGUGGCUCCCAUAGGGAGAGGCGGCGGGUCCGGGCCGGCGCUGCGGGAGAGGGAGGGAGGGGGCGCGGGCAGCGGGAGCCCCAGGGUCUCCCUCCGUCCGUCCGUCCGUCCGUCCGUCCGUGCCGCCGCGGGUGCGCCCCUCUCGCUCCCUUCCCGGCGUGCGCCCGGCUCCGCCAAGUCGCUUCCUGCGCUGCUGAAGGAGGGAGGAGAGAGCGCUUCGGCUGGGAGAGAAGAGAAGAAAAGAGGGAGAAAAGAAAGAAAGAAAAGAGAGAGGGGGAAAGGAGAGGGAGAGAGAGGGGGGGGAAACUUGCCUCUCUUGUCACUGGAAAAUGACACUUGAUGUAGCAGAGCCUGCCGCAGCUCCCGUCCGUCCUAUUGUUUCUUAAACUGCCAGCCGAGAUUUUUUUUUUCUUUCUUUCUUUUUUUUUUUUUUUUUUCCUGCUGCCAUCCGAGGGGUGUCUUCAUACAAAAGGGACUUCAAGUACUCCUCCGGCUUGUGAGCGCUGCAGCCAACCCCCAGCACCCCGCAAGCCCCUCCAAGCACCCAAACAAACUGCACACGCAGCAAACAGCAGCAACAAAACCGGGCUCUGAUUGCCUCUGGAUUUUUUUUUUUUUUUUUAAUGUGCGUGCCUGUGUUUGCUUUCUCUGACUUGCUUUGAUUCCCGAGAUCAGCUGCAGAGAGAGAAAGAGAGAGAGAAACAAAAACACACAUAACAGUCCGCCUGGCGAUUUCAUCACUAUAUAUAUAUAUAUAUUUUUUUUUUCGAGUAAAGAAGGAAGAUUUGCGCUCUUGUUUCUGAUUCAUGUUUGGGAUUCAGGAAAGCAUCCAGCGGAGUGGGAGCAGCAUGAAGGAAGAGCCCCUCGGCGCGGGGAUGAACGCGGUGCGGACGUGGAUGCAGGGAGCCGGCGUCCUGGACGCCAGCACGGCCGCUCAGAGCGGAGUGGGUCUGGCCCGGGCUCACUUCGAGAAGCAGCCUCCUUCCAACCUGAGGAAAUCCAACUUUUUCCACUUCGUCCUGGCUCUGUACGACCGGCAGGGGCAGCCCGUGGAGAUCGAGCGCACCGCCUUCGUGGGCUUCGUGGAGAAGGAGAAGGAAGCCAACAGCGAAAAGACCAACAACGGGAUCCACUACCGCCUGCAGCUGCUCUACAGCAACGGGAUCAGGACGGAGCAGGAUUUCUACGUUCGCCUCAUCGACUCCAUGACCAAGCAGGCGAUAGUGUAUGAAGGCCAAGACAAGAACCCAGAAAUGUGCCGAGUUCUGCUCACGCAUGAAAUAAUGUGCAGCCGCUGUUGUGACAAGAAAAGCUGUGGCAACAGAAAUGAGACUCCAUCAGAUCCAGUGAUAAUUGACAGGUUCUUCUUGAAAUUUUUUCUCAAAUGUAACCAAAAUUGCCUAAAAAAUGCAGGAAACCCUCGAGACAUGCGUCGAUUUCAGGUUGUGGUGUCUACAACAGUCAAUGUUGAUGGCCAUGUGUUGGCAGUGUCGGACAAUAUGUUUGUGCACAACAAUUCUAAACACGGGCGGAGAGCUCGAAGACUCGAUCCCUCGGAAGCAGCUACACCAUGUAUCAAAGCCAUCAGUCCAAGUGAAGGAUGGACUACAGGAGGUGCCACUGUCAUCAUCAUAGGAGACAAUUUCUUUGAUGGGUUACAGGUCAUAUUCGGCACCAUGCUGGUUUGGAGUGAGCUGAUUACUCCUCAUGCCAUCCGUGUACAGACGCCUCCCCGACAUAUCCCAGGGGUUGUAGAAGUCACAUUGUCCUACAAGUCUAAGCAGUUUUGUAAGGGAACACCUGGAAGAUUCAUUUACACAGCUCUGAAUGAACCCACCAUUGACUAUGGUUUCCAAAGGUUACAGAAGGUUAUCCCUCGGCACCCUGGUGACCCUGAACGCUUGCCAAAGGAAGUAAUACUUAAGAGGGCUGCUGAUUUAGUAGAAGCACUCUAUGGUAUGCCACAUAAUAACCAGGAAAUAAUCCUGAAAAGAGCAGCAGAUAUCGCAGAAGCACUCUACAGUGUCCCCCGCAACCACAACCAGCUCCCCGCCCUUGCUAACACGUCAGUCCACGCAGGAAUGAUGGGAGUGAAUUCCUUUAGCGGUCAACUAGCUGUCAAUGUUUCCGAAGCCUCACAGGCCACCAAUCAGGGUUUUACUCGCAACUCAAGCAGCGUGUCACCUCAUGGCUAUGUGCCAAGCACCACCCCUCAGCAGACAAAUUAUAACUCUGUCACAACAAGCAUGAAUGGCUAUGGGAAUGCUGGAAUGUCAAAUUUAGGCGGUUCUCCAACCUUCCUGAAUGGAUCUGCUGCCAAUUCUCCCUAUGCCAUUGUGCCAUCAAGUCCAACAAUGGCCUCCUCCACUAGCCUCCCCUCAAACUGUAGCAGUUCGUCUGGGAUUUUCUCCUUCUCACCAGCCAACAUGGUCUCAGCGGUGAAACAGAAGAGUGCUUUUGCGCCAGUUGUGAGACCGCAAACGUCUCCUCCUCCCACCUGCACCAGCACCAACGGCAAUAGCCUGCAAGACCAGUCUUUUGUGGACUCUAGCAAGUACUCCACUGCAGGGUCUCUCCAGGGGCUGGCCUUCUCCUGAAGUACGUCACUCAAUCUUCCCUUCCUUUUUUUCCUUUGUCAUAGUACACUUGUGCAGAGAUCCUACUGAGAGCAAAUAGACCGUUACAGAGCUUGGCACAAACCUUUGCCUUUCAUAAAUAGAAGACACAUUACAAACUAACAGCAGCAUUUUCCAGUGUAACUCAUACCAGGUCAAAUAUUAGUUAGUACUGAUUAAUAUACUUCUGUGCCAAUAAAUUUCCACAAAUGAUGCAGGGCAUCUUUGAAAGCCUCUUCAAAUGUUGGUAGUAAGGGGCUGCUCCUUUUCUCUAUCCCUUCCCCUCUUGUUACAAAGUAUUCCAGCAUUAGCACCUAAAUCCAUUCUGGAGCAUUGAUGCAGGGAGUGGCAGACAAAAGCUUGUCAAACUGAGGAUGCUGCAAAGACCAGCACUGCCCAUUUCAUUGUUUGGUUCAGCCUAUUUUCCAACACUGUGCCUAAACCUCUCUGUAUAAUUACCUCACAGUGCAUUAGUGUGCUGAGAGAUGUUUUCAUGCUCACUUAGACCAAGGAGUUUUCUUAAGCAGAUGCAGCCAGCUGCCUCCAGCUGUGCCAGAGGUGGGAAAGAUUUUGCGGUAUGCAUUGUGCUUCCCCCCAGACCUGACGUCUAUUUUCCUUUCCACGUGCCUGUGCAAAUUAUCCAAAGAGCAUUGAGCAGGGAACAAAAUCCUUCAUUUUUAAAGCUGUGUUCAGGAGGAGCUGCACAGAGCAGGGGGAGGAUGGCUCCACAGACUCCACAUGUCACUCUACAGCCUCUGAAAAGACAGACACUGGGCUUGCAGGCAUAAUGCUGAUAGCACUGUUACAGCUGAAAAAAUCUAUAUGCAGGCAGAGCGCAAGGAGUUCAUUCAUAAAAGCUGGGAUCCAUUGUGACUGAAGGAAGCAUUGUCCUCAGUGUAUUUUACACCGAUGAAUUGGAAGGAUGAAUCCUUGGAGAUGUAUGCAUACACACAAGCACACACAGAAAUUGUGAAAAUACUGGGAAAAAAUAAGUAGCACUUGGGUGCCUUCAAUAAGAAUUGCUAUAAAUACAGACUGCAUCAAGAGUCAUACACAACAAAGUUUUCAGACGAGCUGUGGUGUUUAAAAUAUAAUUUUUUAUGUGUUUUAAAAAUUUGGUACUGCUGACAUGCUACAGAUGUUAAAGGCAGCAGCUAAAAAUGUUUUGCCUCUAAAUUAAAAAUAAAAAAGGAGGUAAGAGUUGACUGCCAGAAACUUUUGAACAUAUUAAUGCUUUUGUCAUCUUUUCUACUUGUCCCAGUAUGCAGUUGAGGUUAGAGAGAAAAAGCAAGUAACAGGAGAAGGUUUUUUCAAGCACUGUUUUUCCUUUCACAAGACACAGAAUUCCCAGAUUCCGCCUUCUGGGUUAUGGAAAGCAAUUAUGGAAUAAGCUGAGUGCCGGAUGCAACUGGGGCUUGCUGAUUGCCUCCUCAUUAUGUCACAUCCAGAUCUGUAAUGCCCAGAAACCACACAGAUCUGAGUGUUUCCCCUAAUUUUUAUUUAGCAAUUCAGUUUUUAUAAUAGGAAUGAGCCACCAAGAGAUGGUUCAUUUUUAGGUCAUUGCUGAACUUCUUGGUGAGUUAAAGACAUACAGCCUUUAGCCCCAUGCCUUCUGACACCACCCGAGGCUUGUAAUAAUGACUCAGAAAUGCACUGCCUGUUGUGCCUUAUUGCUUAAAUAAACAACCUUGUAUAAGGAGGCUGUCUUAUCUCUCUUGGGCUUCUGGAUACAUCAGAAAGCAAUCAAGCUUUCCUUAUGUAGCUCAGAUAUCAGCAGAACUCACUAAAACAACAGCUACGCUUAUCUGUUGUUCUCUUUGCCAUGCAAUUUUGUAAAACUCAAAAUACAUUAUUUCUGUAAUUUGCUCAUGGCAAAUACAAAUUAGUGUACGAUAAAAGAAAUAAUGCCCAUUGCUGAUUUUUUCUAGUCUCUGCCCUCUCUUUUUGGAGGUGUUGUGAUCUCAUACCUACAGUGUUUCCCACUGCUAUCUCUGUUUUCAGGAUCAAUAACAAGCUACAGCUGAGAGAAUUUGCAUGACUAGAUGUAGCACUUAUGGAAUAAAAGUAGAGUGAUAUAAAUGAAGACUUGGAAAGAAUGGAAAUAUCAAGGCUUUUAGGCAGAAAAGAGAUCGUUUUGUCAUUUGCCUUGUAAUUUAAUUCAGAAUUUCAGAGCUCUUCAAAGGCAAUAAUGCUUUGAAAAAAUGAGCUAAGAUCUGCAUCUGUACUGUUUGCUUCCAAUGGCAAAAGGUGCACAGCUGAUAUGUAACUAUGGGAAAAUAUCUAAGUCAUGAAGGGGGGAAUUGCAGUUAUGUCACCUUUGGUUGGGAUCCUACAGAGUAGACAGCUAUGUUGGCCCAAGAGAGAGGCAAUUCUUGGCCGUUUUGGUGAAAUUGAUUUGGUUUUAAUGAAUCUUUCAGAUUGAUUUUUUUUUGGUUGUUGUUGGAAUAAUAUUUUGACAUUUUCUGAAGUACAUGCAAUUUUUCUAAAGCAAAACAACAUUUUGUUUUAAAGUUUCACUGAAUUUAGAAUUUAGAGGUAUGAAAAGGACAGCAUGUUGAAGUAGUGUGAACAGAGGAUUGAUCAGCCAUCUGAUUCUGUUCAGUUGCACUCAUCACAUACAGGAAGACUCUAUCCAUUUCCAUCUGCUUAACUCCUUGCUUAUCUGAGCAGUAAAGGAGGGAGCACUGUUCUUGGCAGUGCUCUUUGUGCUGUAAUGUACAUUUCUGAUGUCCAAACACUGCUGUUCCACCUCAGUGUUCUAAGUAAGUGCUACCCUGAAAUCUCCAAGUGCUUUUCUAGUAGGGAUAAAACUUAUCCACAGGUAAGAGACAGAAGCAAAUCAAAUUACUCAAUGUAAUACAGUGAGAAAGAAGAACUGGGACCACAACCUGUGUCCCAAGUCCCUGCCCAUGUCCUUUGCUUUUAUUCAUACAGGGAAAAUUACACUCUCACCUUUAGCUGUGGGUGACUGCCUCACAGGGCUGCCACAAGCAGAAUUACAAUCUUGUUGACUGUACCCAUCGCUGUCAUUGCCUAUUUUAUUGAUGCCUUGGAUGUCAGCAGGUGUCCAUAGACCAGGAUCCACACCCUGGCCUACAGCAUAAGGAACCCAGGAGCAGAGUAGGGAGCAGCUGAUUACGAAAUCAGUGAGAGCAUUGCCUGACUUGAGUUUGCUUCAUUUUCAGUCACACGUAACAAGGGGAAAGCCUACUUGUGAGCAUUCAGGGCUUGUUAUGUGAGAUGUUCUUGAAACAAAAUCUUUUGGGAUUUAUUUGUUUAUUUUUAACAAAGCUGUUUUUGUUUUAUCCAGUGUUGAUAAAACUGGCAAGGAAUCUUAAAAAAAAACAAAAAAACAACACACAAAACAACAACAAACAAAAAACAAACACCCUAUGUCAAGGAAUCUUAAAACAAAAAAACAAAAACACAAAAAAAACAAACACACAGAACAACAAAAAACAAAAAACAAACACCCUAUGUCAGUAAAUGCUAUACAACUCACUUUUGAGUGUCUUCUUGUAGGGCAUAAACAACUUAACUCACCUCUCUAUCCCUUUUAUCUUAAUUUCCAGCACCUUGAAGAGCCCUUAUGUGGAGUGAAAACAAUCAGUACAGUGAUUCCACAUAAAAAUGUUGCUGAAUAAUAAAUUCAGGAAUCAAAAUUCUGCUGUAUACUUGCAACAUGUCACCUCUGAGGAUGGCCUGCUGCAAACAUGUGGAUGUGUUUUGCAUUCUCGCCUUCUCCUCUCAUUUUAUUUCAUUUAAUCAGUGCAGUUUACUCGAGCUGUUCUCCCCUUGCUGAUUAGACUUGUAAUUCUUGCACAUAUGGUGGUGUUUGUGGAGAAAACAUUUCCCUCCUCUCCCCCUCCAACCCCAAAUCUGUGAGCCUUUUACUUUGGCUCUGUUCUUAUCAAAUAAUUGCAGCUGUAAUUAAAGCACAAUGAAUCAGCACCAGUCACAGGGUUGAGUUCUUCCUUAAGAAAUUACAUGUCCAGAUGUCUGAGAUGGCAGGCGGUUCUAGCAUUUAAAUAAUGUGCCCAUGAAGUGCCGCCAACCUGAAGGCGAAUCUGUUUUCUACCUUUUUGCAAAUAACCCUACAAGUGGUGUUUUAAAGAUGCAUUGUUGUUACAGCUUUCAUCAUUAACUUACAUGACUAUCUCCUGUAAUGAUGUGCUUGCUCACAGUAUGUCACUCGGACACUCCAGACCCGCCUGGAGGUCAAGCUAGGUGGAAGAUCAUACCUAUUGACGUUUAAGAAAUGCCUCUUCUUUAGGAGAGGUGGUGGUUCCAUAGAAACUGAGGUUAGAAAGUAUAAUAAAGGAAUACUGAUGAUGCAAUUUACCCAACAAAAGAGAGGCCAUUCUAAAUUAACAUUAACGUACUAUUCAUAAUGUAGCUGGUGAAAUAUGCUACAAGUGUAAUAAAACCAUGAGCUGCUGGUCUGCAAAGCCAUCAGUUAGUUAAGGGCAUAUUCAACUUAAAAAAUGGAUUUGAGGGCUUAAGUCCUUUUCUGAGCACUGGAAAUGCAUAUACGUCUCCAGGCUGAACAGCAGACUAGGAAGAGAAAACUGGCAUAGGAAAACAAACCACGGUUACUCUGCCUAAUGCAACAAACACACUGCCAGAUCUGUAACACUUGGGGCUUAUGGGACUUCAGCCAUUUGCUCAUAUGUAGAGCAAGUACCUUUCUUUUUAAAAAAUAGAAUGUGUGGCAAUGGCUGGGACAGGUUUAUGUCUCCUGAACAUUUUGAGAUUUCGAAACUAAAAUCAGAAAAUUAAGUUGGGGGAUGAUUCUCACAUCAGGCGAAGUGCAUUUACUCUGCAAGGUCACUGAUUUCAGCAGAGCAACUGACAACAUUUUCCAGUCAGAAUGAAGCUUCCUGGGAUUAAUGUGCAUGUAGUUGUCUUUACUGCAUCAUACUUAUAUGUAAAUUUAAUUCACAGUAUGGCCAUGUAUGUUGCUAGUAAAUGUUUAAAAAUGCUGAAGAUUUUAAAAGUUGCUUCAGAAUGCAGAAAAGUAACUCUUUUCCCUCUCUCUCUCUCCCCCCUCUCCUCUCCUUA